CUUGCCUGGAAAGUGUAAACCAACAGCUUGGGUCCCUUUCUUUGAAUUUUCAGCUUAAAUAGAGAUAGCUUCUCACACCCGAAUUUAGAAAGUUUUCUCUUUCUCGUUCUAUCUGUUAAAUCAAUCUUUUACACACUUGAGAAAACAUGAUGCACAUGUUCUUCCAGAUAUGGAGUUGGGUGAUGCAGCCAGAAGUUUGGAGAUUUGUAGGCUUUGCUUCAGCUGUUGUUGGACUGCUCUGUUAUGCUCUCAGCUCUUCCUUCAACUAUCUCUUUGGAAGUUGGAAUUUGUGGAAGAUCAUUCUUUACACUGUUUUCAGCUUCAUCAUCUGCUCGGCGGUUUUAUUUGCAAAGAUAUGGCAACAAUCAAGAACUCUUCAGUUUAAAGCUCACAUUGCAUUUUUGGUAUUAACAAUCACCUCACUAUAUUCAUUUUACUAUGACAAAGUGGUGAAUGGGCAACCAGAUGCAUAUAGCCUCAUUACAUGUGUAUCCUUUGCUAUCAUGUCGCUCAGCUUGUCCAGGAAGAAAACUCAGUGCGGAUUUGAAAUCGAUCUUCUAUAUUUCUUCCUUGGAUGUUUACUUGUGCAACUCAUGAAGAUUAAAUUAUUGUUAUUCUUUGUUGGAACAUGUUUCAGCUACUCGCUGAUUAUUCUUCGUACUUGUUUUUCUUCCAUGGAUGCUUCAUUAGAUAAUGAACUUCCUAAUAGUCUUCAAGAUGAAAAUAAUCAUGUGGUUGUUGAAGUUCAUUCAGAUUCAGCACAACAGACUCAAGUCAUGAAUCAGGACAUUUCUGAUCUUCAGAAAAAGGAGAAAGGGAUACAAGAGCAGAAUAACAUGCUCUUAAAAAGGAGCUCUCAUAUCACACAUGACAAAGCUUACAUGACGAAACUGGUGUUAAAGUUGGACAUACAUGACUACAAAAUCAAGCAAAAAGCUAUGAAGGCAGCCACUAGCGUUUCAGGGAUUGAUUCAGUUUCAAUGGACACGAAAGACAAGAAAAUGACUUUAAUAGGAGAUAUUGAUCCAUUAAAAGUAGUUGCUAAGCUAAGAAAAAUUUGUCAUGCAGAAAUAGUUUCUGUUGGACCAGUUAAGGAGGAAAAGAAAGUUUAACCUAAAAAAAGAAGGAAGAAAUUAAGAACGAUCCAACAAAAACAAAUAUUAUUGAUCCUUUGAUGUUCUAUGGAACACAUGCCUAAUGCCUAUUAGUACAAUCAUCACAUGAGGCUUGCAUUUGUCUUUCCUUUUGGUUUUUGUUUAAUGAUUUGUAAACGCAGUAUGAUGUAUAUAGUGUUGAUUAUAAUACGAGGCUUGCAAGGCUAUUCUUUUACAUUUUUUUUGUAUAGGUACGUUCUUAAUCAAUAUGAUACUAUCUAAACUUAGACAGUAACUCUCAAUAAAUUGUUUAUCCUUAAAACAAAGUAACCACUAACAUUUUACGUAUGAAAAACAGAACCAUGGUGUGUGCAACUGCAACCUUAUUAACCUAAAAGAACACAAGGACAAACUACAUUCCUCAGCAACAACAACAUAAUACCAAUUACCUAAGUCUCAUGAAUUCAAUAAAGCAUGGAAAAACAACGUAGUGUAUGCUGAAAUAGAUGGCUUACUGUUUUUUUAUUCCGUAAAUCACAAACUGUUCAAUGUAAAGCACAAAACAUGGAAUAAAAGGGUAAACUUUCUCUUUAUAGGAUAGGUCACAGUUUCAAUAAUUGAAAAAAUUGUUCAAGUUGGAUGAACAAUCACAGAUAGAAAAUGGUGGGUAUAAAUUGAAAGUCAUGGUGACUUUCCGGGCAAAAGUCACUGAAGCCCAAUCUCAUUGUUCCUCUCUAUUGGUUCGUGUGGUUAUAUAUAAAAGCAUGAGUGACAAUUUUAUGUAUUUAAAAUAUAGUUAAAUAUUAUUAUAUAUGUACAUCCGGGUAUUAUCAUCCCGGUACCCGAGGAUAUGUUUCGGUGUCUUGAUGGUUGAGUUAUGAGGGCCAUAUUACCAGAAAUCGAGGUCAGGAAGGAUCCGACCUGGAGACGUGAGAUCUCAGCUAUCAGUGUUAAGGACCGGAGAAUGUGCCGGGACCAGGGGCGACGCGCCUCACCGAGAUGGUGCCCAAGUCUGUAGAAUACGAUUGGUUCGUCCUCAAGCCGAGGACGAGGUUGUAUUGGUCUGUUAUGGUUACCCCAGAAUCAAUGCAUUGAGCAUCCCAAAAGCCUUAACGUAGACGGUUGUGUGUUUCUCCUUUAAUGGGGACGUUACGAUGGGAAGCGGCGCUCAUUGAUGAGAAGAAUCCUAUUCUCCAUUUAAGAGGAUGGGAACAAAUGAUGAAGAAUGAUGAAAGAAUGAUGAAAGAUAGACCAUUGGCAUACCAUACAUUCACACCUAAGUAUACAAUACAUACUCGAAAAGCUAAUACAUGAGCUUCUCAGAACUUAGUGACUUACCCUACUUUGCGGCUGAUCCUGACUUGAAUCACGUCGGUCACCCAGUUGGUGUUCACUUUUGGAACAUUUGGCGCCCACUGUGGGGAAAAUGUGCGAGUUGAUCGUUCAUGUCCCUCGUGAGGAAAAUGUGCGAGUUGAUCUCCUAGAACGCUUAGCUAGUAUCAAGGGCCCUGAACUGAAUAGGACAUUCAUCCAAGAGACAUUGUAGAAACCCAACACAGAAUUUGACGAAGUCUUUGCCAACACACUCGUCCCUCAGGGUUGGAUGAGUCCUAUCAUCCGUUACCUUACUCAGGAAAGGCUACCAGACGAAGCAGCGGAAACCAGGAGAAUAAAAAGAAUAUUAACAUGUUAUAUCAUGGUGUCAGACAAACUCUACAAAAUGGGUCGAUCUACUCCCAUGCUCCGUUGUAUAUCCGAAGAGGAGGUAGAUUCGAUAAUGCGAGAAGUCCAUGAGGGGUGUGUGGAAGUCAUAUCGGCGGAAGAGCCCCAUCAGGGAAAAUCCUCAUAGCCGGGUAUUAUUGGCCGAGCAUGUUGCAAGACUGCGUCGGGUGUGUAAAUUUGUGUGAAAAGUGCCAGACAUUUGGCCAAGUAGUUCUCGUCCCAGCCGAGGUCCUUCAUUCGGUAAUCUCCCUAUGGUCGUUUUACCAAUGGGGAGCGGAUAUCUUAGGACCAUUCCCGGUAACGCCCGAGCAACUGAAAUUUAUCAUUGUUGUUGUUGAUUACUUUAAAAAAUGGGUUGAAGCUGAGGCUGACCCCAAGAUUACGGGCGAUAAGGUGCGACGUUUGUAUUGGCGGAAUAUCAUAUGUCGUUUUGGCUUACCUAGAGUCAUUGUCUCCGAUAACAUAGCCCAGUUUGAAGAAUAGGAUAAUACUGGCCAGUUUGAAGAAAAAGUUAGACGAAGCAUAAGGCUUAUAGGCUGAGUACCUCCACGAGAUCCUGACACAGUGUAUAAGUACUGACAGCAACUAAAUUGUUAUGCACAGUCUGAGUGGCGAUUAUUUUUAGACAAAUAAAUAUUAUAAAUGAGACAGUUUUUAUGAGACGGAGAGAGUGACUAGUUAACUAUUUCUACACCAAAAGAUAACGUAAGGUUAAACUGUUUUCAUAUAAACUAUAAGUCGUGAUAGGAUACUGGAUUUGGGCUCUAGCCCAAAUGGUGUGUUGAAUGGGAAGAGAAGUGACAUGGUAGGACACUUUCGGUUAGAAUAUUCUCUGAUUUUAAGGGACUUUCUGUUAUAAAAGAGAAUGGACAGGAGUGGAAAAGUCAUUCAGAAAAUUUGUUAGUAAACAGUUAGGUGAAGUUUCUCUCAGGUUUAGGAGUCUAGCUCUUGUUUAGAAGUUUGUAGAACUAGGAUUUACAUUUUCUUGUUCUGUUUUCAUCAUUGUAGAGCAUGAAGCUCACCAAAUUCCAUUCAACAAU